AUGCCUCCACCUUGGAAAGUUCUCACUGCUACCCACGACGAUGGCGAGAAGCCUAAGCGUUUUGGUUUCAAAGCGCCCACAUUCGACGGAUGGCUCGAGAUCUACCUUCAGGACGACAUGCCCGAACAGAUUGUGGGAGUACUACUCAAUCUGAAUUGCGAUGAGGUCACUGAGUUGAACGAACUUCUCUGCAAAAAAGGUCAAGCUCAACUGGGAUGGCACCUCUCACCGUCAAAGACAACUUCGCUUAUCCGCUCUUCCACUGUCUUUGCCGUGGCUCUCGAGUUCCCUCACCUGUUCAAGGAACCCGCUACCUUGGAAGACUUCCGCAGGGAGUGGACGCCAAACACCUUUGGCUGUUACCCCAUCGUACCUUUCCAGUUUCGCCGCGAUAUCCUUGCUCGCAUGGUCGAGAUUUGUGGUGAGGAGAUGAAGAAAGACAAGAGCCUUCGUGCCGGGGCCACCGACCCUAAACCAUACAAGAAGAAACCCGCUCCAAGCCCUGAAAGUACGAGCACCCCUGCCGCAAACAAAAGAGCUCGUGUCGAAGCUUCAUCGACUAACACUGGCUCCAGCUUGAAGCGAGAGCACAUGAGUCUGGAAUAGGACGCUGACGAUGACAUGUUGUUCAAUCAGGC